GACUUCAGACAGUCAAAACCCCACAAAAUAUUCUUUCGUCUCCCCAACAAUCAGAAAAGCAGAGAGCCUUCCAUCAUCAUCAACCUGAAAUUGACCCCAAAUCCUGCAACCCCACCUUAAAAGAAUGGAGUUUACUAGAUUUCCAGAGCAGUACUGACCCUUAAAACCUUAAAGAAUACCUCAAGAAUCGCACCCCAAGAAAAUGAUGUACAAUGAUGCUGGAAAUGUCAGCAGCAGCACCGCCACCCCGAGAAACCCCACCAUUCCUUACCCCCUUCUCGGCCAUCAGGUUCACCAACCCAUCAUGAUCCCGAUUCCUCCUCCGCCUUUUUCCGGUGUGGGUGGCGGCGGUGGUGAUGAUGAUGAUUUUCCGAGGAGAGAUGAGAGGUUCCCUCAAUGGAGCAACCAAGAAACAAGGGACUUGAUUGAAAUCAGGGCUCAGCUUGAGUGGGACUUUACAGCGGGCAGGAGGACCAAGAAUCUGUGGGAAAUGGUGUCUUGCAGAAUGAGGGAGAAGGGGUACAGGAGGACCUCUGAUCAGUGCAAAUGCAAGUGGAAAAACCUUGUUAGUAGAUAUAAGGGGCAAGAAGCCUCUGAUGUGAAUAAUAGUCGACAAUGUCCGUUUUUCAAUGAGCUGCAUGCAGUGUUCACUGCAAGGGCCAACAAAAUGCCGCAAUCUCAGCUUGAUACCAAGACUGGUACUGCUAAAGGAAGGAAGAGGCUUGAAAAAGUUUCUGAAGAUCGAUCCCAUCAAGAAUUCUCAGAAGAACUGGAGGAUGAAGAAGAGAUCGGAGUUGAUCAGGCUGGGAAAGGAAGGGCUAUUCAAAAAAGAAAAGCUGGUCAAGAGAAGCGCCAAAAACUAGGAGAAAAUGAAAAUUAUUUGGUCCCUCCUCUUCCAAAUGUAAACAAAAACAAUAGCAUUCUCAACAGUCUACAGGAGAUGAUGAGGAACUUCAUCAUGCAGCAACAGAGGAUUGACGUGCAAUGGAGGGAGUCAAUGGAGAAACGUGCUGUCGAAAGGGAGCUGUUUGAACAGGAAUGGCGGCAGAAGAUGGAGAAACUCGAAAGGGAAAGGUUGAUGAUGGAGCAAGCUUGGAGAGAGAGGGAGGAAGAACGGAGACUGAGAGAAGAGAGCCGAGCGCAGAAAAGAGAUGCCCUGUUAACGAUGCUUCUUAACAAACUUAUACGUAAUGAAAGUCCUUAAGAUGACCUAGAAGUAACCUACUAUUUCCUUGGCAGCAACCAAAAUUGUUGCACUAACUAUCUUUUGGUAGGAUCCUGAUUUCAGCAUAGGAAAAUCGAACAGUACAUCCUAUUCUCAGAAAACAUCUCUUAGAAAGACUAGAAAUUCCUGUUUCCAGAACUAUAUGUUAGAGGCAGACAAUAUCGUGUGGUAAUUUGUUUUUGUUCACAGCAUUUGCAUCUUUAUUCUUGUAAAUGUUUCUGCAGAUCAUUUACUUACACUUCGGUGGGAAGUGUUUCUUUUACUGUGUCCAUGAGGGGCCAAUUUCAUUUUGCUGUAUAUUUUCUUACAUUAUUAUGCUCCUUCACUGAACGUUCUCCUGUACUUUUAUGCAUUCAUCUUUCAACUUGAUGUCAGAAUCCAUAAAUCAGGAGAUCUGAUUUCUGACAUUUAUGCUUUCAUGCGCUUUGCAAUUCAGUAUGAAUAAAUUUGCACAAGUGCCGAAUCUUUCCUUCCAGUGCUGGUACCGUUCUAUCAACGAGAUCUUUUUACUCUUUGUAAUGGAGCAACACCCAAAAUUCACUACUGAAGCUCGGGUUGAUGUCAAACUUCAAAUACUAUCUGCAACUAUGACAACAUACACAUAGAAAUUGAAUUUACCCCCUCAAGCAGCACACCUGAAGUAGAUGCUCUGACUUGAUCUUGGGCAAUUUUGUUCUUGAAGGCACGGGUUACCAUGUAACGUUAGAGCUGUUGCAAUGAAACUAUGUUGGUGGGUUUCUGCAUAAAUUGCAGAAUGUCUAAUGAAAAACUAAAUAUUCUGGAACUCUGUAUCCAUACUAAAAUCAUAAUGCCAAGUCAACUUGCAUCAUUCCACCAAAUAUUGAUACAAACCAAGGAAAGAGUAAUUUUAUUGAUGUGUUUCUAACAUGCUUCCUCUGGGUGGUCCAAAGAAUAUAGGAGACAAAACAUAAAGUUACAUUCUUAUAAACACAGAACAUUGGACUUUCUUUCGGUCCAUCCAUACGUUUGACAGUCAAAUUACAUUUUUCUGAAGGCACUAGUACAGAAAGAGCAGAUACUACAGGAGUCAAAGCUGCUACCCUGAGUUGCUUGGAGGCUUUUCCUUUGGAUGCUUUGAGCCAUAAUGAUCAGCAAGCUGGUUCUGGUUUGCAAGCUGAGCCUGAAAACUCAAACCAUAAAGUGAGAAAGAUAUCUGUGCCCAUUAUCUCUAAGAUAAACAAGCACCGGCCCAUGGUUAGCAAUAUUCAUAAAAAACUCUUUCUAGGCCCUUUAACACCACCCAUUCUAUAAUUGAUAAUUUUUUCCCUUGAUUACACCAACUUCUAUUGGCCUCCCUAUCUAAUAUCAUCUAUAUCAGAACAGAGAAAAAGAUUAAGCGGUGGCCUCUCAAAAACAUGCCAUACUAAAUUUAAAACACACACAAUAGCAAAACUAUUGCAAAAUGCUUUUAACAUGCUCAAUGUUCCAUUUUAACUGUUUCUCCAUGUUUUUACAUGAAAUGCACUAGGUGAAUAAUUUGAAGCAAAAGGAACUGAAAGAGGGAAUAAGGUACAUGCUUAUGUGUUUUAGAGCGUGAUGGAAUACUUAAAAAAGAAUGCUUUGAAACAUAAAAAAGCAAGUGAAAAUAGGCAUCAGGUCUUUAAAGUGAAAAGGACACUCCUACCAUCAUAAGACAUAAGGAUGCCUACGGCGUUCAUUCCCUUCAUCUUGACUGGGUUAGUUUUGUUCACAUCUUUAGAGAGUAGUAUAUACUAAAAAAAAAGCACAUGGCAUUCUGCAAUAGAAGUAGAACAAGAGACUAGAGAAAAUUGGUUUUUGAUGCAGGAAAUCAUCAACAAACCACAACUACCAUGCCCUCCGAUGGAAUUGGGGUAUGGUCCUGAGAGGUGAUAGAAUCUCUGUGUGAAUAUUCAAGAUACAAGGAUAAAUGCUAGUUAAGUAGAAAGAAAGAUGCUGAGUUUGUAUCCUGUACUUUAAACAGCUGUGACAAGACAAAGCUAAUGAUUUGUUAGCUUUGCAAGCCUUCCAUGGGAUGCGAUUUAGGUGUGCAAGAUCAAUUCAGUAUGAUCCAAGAAUAUUCAUCAAUUUAAUCACAAAUAUGAAUCCCGACAAA